AUGGAGAAUGUUGUAGUGUUGAUUAUUGGCGUUGGGCCAGCGGCCCUUGCAAUAGCAGCAUGCCUUAGCCAAUUAUCAAUUCCCUAUGUCAUUGUCGAGCGUGAAAGUUGCAGCGUGUCGCUUUGGCGCAACCACGCCUACGAUCGCCUCAAGCUGCAUCUUGCAAAGGAGUUCUGUGAGUUGCCACACAUGUCAUACACACUAGAUGCGCCAACAUACAUACCAAGAACCUUGUUUGUGAAGUACUUGGAUGACUAUGUUGAGCGUUUCAAUAUUCAACCCAAGUACCUCACUAGUGUGGAGUCAUCCACAUUUGACAAUGACGAAAAAUGUUGGUCCAUCGUGGCACAUGACAUGGCAAAGAGCACAAUAGUCAGGUUCACUGCAAAGUUUCUUGUCGUGGCAAGUGGUGCGAAUAGUGCAGAGGAUAUUCCAAUGAUCCCCGGACUACAAAGUUUUCCGGGUGAUGUCAUCCACUCCUCAAGCUACAAGUCAGGGAAGAACUACUCUGGGAUGAAUGUAUUGGUCGUCGGAUCUGGAAACUCUGGAAUGGAAAUUGCUUAUGACCUUGCGGCCCAUGGUGCCUAUACUUCAAUCGUUAUACGAAGCCCGAUUCAUGUAAUGACAAUGGAAUUAAUCCGAUUGGGGAUGACACUUUCUCCCCGUCUUCCACUGAAUCUAGUGGCUAACCUCCUUGUGAUGGAGGCAAAUUUAAUAUUUGGAGACCUUCUGAUGCAUGGCAUCAGAAGGCCAAAAAUGGGUCCAAUGAUCCUCAAGUCAGAAACCGGCCGAUCCGUCGUUAUUGAUGUUGGCACUGUUGGGUUAAUCAAAAAAGGUAUCAUCAAAGUACAGGGGAGUAUUAGUAAGAUCAUGGGUGAUAUAGUUGAAUUUCAGUGCAGUAACAAAAUAUAA